AUGGAGCACCCAUUUUUUCCGACGACCACCACAAGCGCCGAGGUGUUGAGGUUGCUGACGAUCGCGGAAGAGCUGCUUUGGAAGCGUGACCUGAUGAGGAGUAAGUCGUUUGCGACCCGGGCGCGUGAUUCUGACCCGACCCUGUUACCCGCUGACCAAAUUCUGGCUGUGACUGACACGCUUCUCUCUGGCGACCGUCGGAUCGGGAAUAACCUGCAGGACUGGUAUUCGAUUCUUCAGGUCUCGCCUCACCAGGGCCGUGACAUGGAGGUCGUGGCAUCUCAGUACCGCCGCCUGGCUCUUCUCCUCAACCCACUUAAGAAUAAGUUCGCAUUUGCUGACCAAGCCUUCCGCCUCGUGCUUGAAGCCUGGACGGUGCUUUCCAAUCCUUUGAAGAAAUCUUUAUACGACAAAGAACUUGCUUUCUAUAUGCAGCCACACCUGCAGCCGCAGACCGACCUGUUCAACCCCCUGCUCGUGCCUCAGGAACAUCUGAGCAUCCCCACAUUGCAGCAGAACUUAAUUUUCUUUGGGGAUAACAGUGCUGGUAGUAUGAGUCACCCUUCUCACGCUCAACCUCAACCACAUGUACAUGGUGGCAGCAGCAGUUCUGCGACUCAUUUCCCUCAAGUGCUGGUACAUGCGCAACUGGUUGACCCAGUGACUGCUGGGUCAAUUCGAGAACACGCAAGUAAGCACCAACCACAGAAUUUCAUUAAUUUUAGUUCAGGUACUAAUAUGGUUUUUGGGUCUGGUUCGGGGUCGGAGUCGGCUCAAGAACCCGUGAAUAAGCAGCAACUGCAAAACUACACUUGUUUCACUGGUAAUGUACCUUCUGUUUCUGGGUCAAAUCUUAAUGUGCAUGCCAAUGAGAACGUGCAAGAGGAGAGAGUGGAUGAACCAGAAGUGAAGAGAAUGGAUGAACCGGAGGUGGAGGAGGAUGAAGAAGAAGAAGAGGAGGAGGUGGAGGAGGAGGAGAGAGUGGAUAUACCCUCAAAUGACAGUGGCUCUACGUUCUGGACUGCGUGUCCUUAUUGCUAUCAUAUGUAUGAGUAUCCUGGGGUGUAUGCGGAGUGUACUCUCCGCUGUCAGAAUUGUAGAAGGGCCUUUCAGGGCGUGGUGAUUCCAUCACCAUCUCCAAUUGUGAAUGGGCAGGAGAGUUACUUCUAUUGCUGGGGAUUUUUGCCAUUGGGAGUUUCAAUGGAAAAUAUGGAGAAAAAUAGGGGUCUGACUUCGACUUGGAACCCGUUUUCGCCUAUGUUUACUUGCCCUCAAAUGGGGAAUGGGAAUUAUGUGGAUAAAAAAGGUGAACGGAAGGCUUCAGCUCCUAGGGUAUAUGUUGAAGAUGAUGAGGUUUAUGUGGAACUGUCAGACUCAAGUGAGUCCAAUGCUGAUUGGCAGGGUGAUAGACCAAAAAAGAAGAACAAAGUGAUGAAUGUGCAAGGAAAGAGUGCCAGUGAGACACCCAAGAAAGCGACAAUUGGAAAUAUCAAGAAAAGACGAGUUAAAGAAAAGAAUGGGAAUGCAGAAGAUGAAAUUGUACCCCCACAAGGGAGUGAGAUGCUGAAUAAGUCAGUGGGUAAGUCAAGUAAGAAAGGAGGAGCUGCAGGUAAUGCUCGGAAGACGCAAUUUGAGAAGUUGGAUUUAAAUGUGGAGUUCAGCAAUGAAGUCGAAGAACCUGCACCAAGCAUGAACCAGGAAAAUGGACCAGUACGUGGUGAGGAUGAUAACAUCGAAGGGAUUGGGUUUUUUGAGGGUCUCGAUGAAUUCCUAAGCAGUCUUCCAAUUCUUAAUGCCGUAGGUGACGACAAGGUUGUCAAAGCUGUGUAG